CGGUCAGUUAGAUCCAUUCCUAGGUUUUAUUUUGAUGAAAAUAUAAAUCAUAAUUUCAUGAAAAUGUCGGAUCGGAAACAAUUCGCUCGUUCCUCGUUAAAGUUAAUAGAAACAUUAGAAAAGCGUAGAUUAAACGAUAGUCUAGAAAGAAAACGUGUUAAGGAUGAGAUUAAGGCAAGAGAAACUCCUGAAGAGAAGCGGGCUCGGCGCUUACUAGAAAGGGAAGCGAAAGAAAUGCGUCGUCGAGAGCGAAUGGGUUGGGACACAGAGUAUCAGCACUACACCGAUCAAGACAAUCCAUUCGGUGACUCUAACUUAACGUCUACAUUUGUUUGGGCCAAAAAAUUGGAGAAAGAAGGCAUUCGAGAUGUUUCAACAGAAACGGUGGAUAUUCUUUCGCGACAGAAACUACUUGAAAACAGACUAGAACUUGAAAAAGUAAAAAAACGGCGAAUGGAACGUGAAUUAGAAAAACAAGCACGUGAAGAACAGUCUAUUUUGCAACAGCGUGUAAAGGAAGCAGCCCAGUUUCAAGAGUGGGAGUUGCAGGAAGAUCAAUUUCAUUUAGAACAAGCACGAUUGCGUAGCAUUAUAAGAAUACAAGACGGUCGGGCAAAACCCAUUGAUUUGUUAGCUCAGUAUUUGUCGGGGUUUAAACCAGAGGAUACAAAUGAAAUACAAAUGCACGAACCAUAUGUACUUUUGAAUGGCCUUAGUUUAAAAGAUCUUGAAGAUUUACUAAUUGACAUUAAAAUCUACGUUGAGUUAGAUAAAGGCAACAAUAUUGAUUUUUGGAAUGAUAUGACAGUGAUUGUAGAAGACGAGUUAUUCAAGCUUAUGAAGAAUGCAAACAAUUCAAAUAAUGAAAGUGGGUCUGGCGUUCGCAGAGAGGGAAUACAUGACUGUGUAGCUAAAGAUGUUGCUGAAAUUUUUCGAAAGAAAAAUACAAAUCAACUAAAUGAAUUGCGGACAAAAAUAGAAAAUAAAAUUAACUCAAGAUCAGAUGGGGUAGACAUUAGUUAUUGGGAAAGCCUAUAUUCUCAAUUAAAGGCACAUAUGGCACGAGCUCGUUUGCGUGAUAAGCAUCAGGAAAACUUGCGUCAAAAACUGAAUCUCCUUAAAACUAAACCUGAUGAAUAUGAUCGCUCCGACAUUCCAUCUACAUCGAAUUAUCGGGAUGAUACGAAUUCCACAAAUUUGGAAGCAAACAAUAUUGACAAUAAAGAAUCCAAUAAUGAUCUAAAUAUUUUAGAACGAUUUUUCAAUUUGUACGAAGAAGGAAGAUAUAGUCCAAAAUACUUUGUAAGUAUUGAUGGUGAAAAUACUUUGCCAAUUAUGACCGAGGAAGAAAAUGUUAGUGCCGUUGAAAGAAUACGUGCGGACGCGACAAAAAAUAAGUCAAAUAAAUGUUCUUUUACGGAUGAAGAAAGUCAGAUAUGUAAUGCUAUGCGUAGAGAUAUGGGCAAAGAUGAAGCUGAAUUUUCUGUAGAAAUACCAUUAGAAGUAGUUCAAGUAUCGUCCGAUAAGUAUAGACCGCGUAAACCCCGAUAUUUCAAUCGUGUACAUACUGGAUUUGAAUGGAAUAAAUAUAAUCAAACACAUUACGACAUGGAUAAUCCCCCACCGAAAAUAGUUCAAGGUUAUAAAUUUAAUAUUUUUUAUCCGGACCUUAUUGAAAAAAACACUACGCCUCAAUAUUUUUUGAGUCAAUGUGAGGACAAUGCUGACUUUGCUGUGCUCCGGUUUCACGCAGGACCACCGUAUGAGGACAUUGCCUUUAAAAUAGUACACAGGGAAUGGGAAUUCAGCUACAAACGUGGAUUUCGGUGCCAGUUUCACAAUAACAUAUUCCAGCUGUGGUUUCAUUUUAAGAGAUAUAGAUAUCGUCGAUAAAAUCUCAUUUCUGAAAUUAACAGUUUAUUAUGCUCCUUUUUUAUUCCAAUGUACAUAUGUAUAGUGGUAUAUUCAGUGUUGCCAGAUUAAUAUUAUUGUAAUGUUGGUUUUUUGUUUUGA